AUGUGUCUCAUUCUGGUUUCUUUUCUCUUUCAUUACAACAGCUCAAGUGAUAAGCUGAAUGCGGACAUGCACGAAGAGGAUUUCACUGCAAAUGAACAGGCGGAAAAAGAAGAAGAGGUUGACGUAUACGCACAAACAAAACCAUUCUGCCAGCAAAAGAUCGCCCUGCAACGUCUGAAAUUCACGCAUUCGGCAUCGAUGGCGUCGGUACCAUCAAUAUCACCGGCCACAACACCUCCGCUUCCAAUGCUGUCGCCAACUCAAGCCGCCGCCGCCACAUCAGCAAAAGUAUUGAAUAAGCAACAGAAAGAACAGCAACAACAACAGCAUCACCAGUCACCAAUUAAAAUCACAAGUACGACGACAGGCCAGCCAACACUUUCAGAGCACGCAGGAGCGACUUACCAGCAACAACAACAACAACCACCACAUAGGCUGCACGCAUACCGAAUCGCACAACAAUCGCAAGCUGAGCAAAUGAUUUCCGCAGCCGGUGUCAGCGCCUCAGUGGCCGCAGCUUAUAAGCGGCAACAACAAAAACUGCGAAAACUACACGAACUGCACUCGCUCGCCUUGGAGGGUGGCGACACGGCGCGCGGUUAUUGCUCCUGCGACGAGCAAUGGACCUCAUCAUCGCCGACCACUUCCGGCUCGCCAACACUCUCGUGCACCGAAGGACACGAAAAGACAUCCGACGGAAGUGAAGGCAACGAAACAGCAACAGUAGCAGCCGUAAAGCGCGAACGGGUGACAGGAAACGCGUACAAACAAAUGAACGUGACAACAGGGCAUGGCCGGUUGGCAGUCGGCGGUAAUGACGCUGGUCACAGCCGGACAUGGCAACCACCAAAUCGCACCAACAACACCGCUAAGAACAACAGCAACGAUGGCGGUGGCAACAUUUGGUCGGGAACACGAGCAAAUGAGGUCGCCAAGGCAGCGGCGGCCGUGGUGGCGGCAAAGGCAGCUGCUUCAGCUUCAGCAACGUCGACGGCGACGGCGACAACGACGGCGUCCAUGUCGGCUGGUGCGUUACGCCCUGUACCGGCAGUACGCCUCAAGCAACAGCACCAUGUGCGCUUCUCGGACGAAAAGAAUUUUUCCGAUUAG